AUGUUGAGCAAUGUGGCAAUGUCCUCCCAAAUAAUCCUUACAGACGACAGCUAACAUGGAGACGAACGCAUUUGACAGCACCUACAACAAGCUGAUAAGUCAGGAGGACUUGAGGGAGGACGAGUCGUCAAACUUCUCAAACCAGGAGAAACAACAAGUAUCCCUGUCAAUGGUGAGGCCUGCGUCUACUUGGAACCAACAAAGAGUGCUUCAAAUCACCCUGGCUGUGCUUGCCGCAGUCCUUCUGGCUGUAGUCAUUGGCCUGGGAGUUUUUUACAACAACCUCACAGAUGAGACCCAAAAGGUGGCAAGCAUCAAUCGAGAGCUGGUCACACUUCACAAGAACUACUAUGCUGCCUCGCAAAGACGAGAUGAAUCCCAGGAACGUUUGGCAAAAGAGAUCAAACAGCAGCAAGUGACCAAGUGGCAGCUUGAACACCAGACUACGAGGAACAAAUACUACGAACAGCAGGCAGACAAAAUUCUACUCGACACUGUAGUCCUAAAAUCUCACAUACCAAUGAUAGAGGAGGGCUGCAGACACUGCUCACCAGGAUGGACUUUCAUAAACUCUGUGUGUUACUUCUUCAGCUUCUCUGACACAUACUCUCGCAGGUCGUGGCAGGAAGCCCGGCAAUUCUGCAAGAAGCAUGACGCCGACCUGGCGGUGGUAGAUACCUCUGAGAAGCAGAUGACAUUUAAUCAGUUAAUAAACCACCAUCAAGACCCAUCAAGAUCCACGAGCCAGAGCGGCUUCUGGAUUGGAUUGACAGAUGUGGAAGAGGAAGGAGUUUGGAGGUGGUUGGAAGGAAUGAGACUAACUGAAGGUUACUGGAAUGAUGGGGAGCCCAAUAACAGUGGCGGUGAGGACUGUGCAGCCACAUACCCGAGAGACAACCCUUUUAAGGCCUGGAAUGAUGCACCGUGCAGUUACAAUCUCAAAUGGAUUUGUGAAAAGCCAGUCAGUUAGUGUUUUGUUUUUUUCAUCUCUGAUUUUUAUUGACACGGAAUACAAAUAAUUACCUACAAAAGUUAAAGUGAAUAGAUUUCAAUUCAUUAAUAAACAUUUUUUUUUCUUUACUA